AUGUCGAUGCAGAGCGGCAGCUUUCGAUUCCUCAACCUCAUCAAGCCGGUGAUGUGCGUCCUCCCAGAGGUGGAGGCCCCUGACCGCAGAAUUCCCUUCAAAGAAAAGAUUUUGUGGACUUCCAUCUCCCUCUUUGUCUUCCUAGUUUGCUGUCAGAUCCCACUUUAUGGUGUGCUCACUUCCAAGAGCUCAGAUCCAUUCUACUGGAUGAGGGUCAUCCUGGCCUCGAAUCGAGGCACUCUCAUGGAGCUUGGAAUCUCGCCCAUCAUCACAUCCGGUAUGGUGAUGCAGCUCUUAGCCGGCAGCAGGAUCAUUGACGUGGACCUGACUCUAAAGGAGGAUAAAAUCCUCUUCCAGGGAGCGCAGAAGCUGUUUGGCAUGCUGAUCACCAUGGGAGAGGCCGUGGCCUACGUUAUGAGUGGAAUGUACGGCAGCCUCCGAGAGAUCGGAGCGACCAGCGCCAUCUUGAUCAUCCUGCAGCUCUUCUUCGCGGGAGUGGUCGUCAUCCUCUUGGACGAGCUGAUGCAGAAGGGCUAUGGCAUGGGCUCUGGGAUCUCCCUUUUCAUCGCAACGAACAUUUGCGAGAGCAUCAUCUGGAAGGCAUUCUCCCCGACGACAAUGAACACCGGCAAAGGAACCGAGUUUGAAGGUGCCAUCGUUGCAACAUUUCACUUCAUGGCGUCAAGGAGUGACAAGUUAAUGGCCUUGAAAGAGGCGUUCUACAGGCAAUCUGCGCCGAACUUGACGAACCUCUUUGCCACUGUGCUCGUGUUCUUCAUCGUGAUCUACUUCCAAGGUUUCAAAGUGGACCUGCCAGUGAAGUACCAGAAGAUGCGGGGGUCGCAGGGCUCUUUCCCCAUUAAGCUCUUCUACACCUCCAACAUCCCCAUUAUCCUGCAGACAGCGCUGGUAUCGAACCUCUACUUCCUCUCGCAGCUGCUUUACAGGCGCUUCAAGUCGAACAUGCUGGUCAACCUGCUCGGCCAGUGGCAGGAGGCGGACUUCGGCGGGCAGUCCGUGCCAGUCGGCGGCUUCGCGUAUUACAUCUCGCCGCCCAGCAGUGUCUCGAAUAUCUGGGAGGAUCCGCUUCACGCAUUGAUCUACGUGUCCUUUGUUCUCAUCUCCUGCGCGCUGUUCUCCAAAUUUUGGAUCGAGGUGUCUGGGUCCUCGCCCAGGGACGUCGCGAAGCACUUGCGAGAUCAGUCCAUGGUGUUCAAGGGCCACAGAGAAGAAUCGCUGCUGAAGGUGCUUGACAUGUACAUCCCCACUGCGGCAGCCUUUGGCGGCAUGUGCAUCGGCAUGCUGACCAUCAUGGCAGACUUUCUGGGUGCUAUCGGCAGCGGCACGGGCAUUCUGCUGGCAGUCACCAUCAUCUACCAGUACUUCGAGAUGAUCUACAAGGAGAAGGAGCAGGGCAACAUGUUGUUCUGA